AUGAAUGUCGUUCCGCUCGGCGCCGGGCAGGAUGUUGGGAGGUCAUGUGUCCUUGUCACCAUUGGAGGGAGGACAAUAAUGUUUGAUUGCGGAAUGCACAUGGGGUUCAAUGACGAGCGCAGAUUCCCAGACUUCUCAUACAUCUCGAAAACCAAGAGCUUUGACAAGGUCAUAGAUUGCGUGAUAAUUUCACACUUCCAUCUGGACCAUUGCGGGGCUCUCCCGUACUUCACAGAGGUUUGUGGAUACAACGGACCAAUUUACAUGACCCUGCCGACAAAGGAGGUCUGCCCAGUCUUGUUGGAUGACUUCAGAAAAAUAGUCGGAGCGAAGGGAGACAACAUAUUCUCAUACCAGGACAUAGUCAAUUGCAUGAAGAAAGUCACUACGAUCAGCAUGAGCGAGACAUAUAAGCACGACGAGGACUUCUACAUCACGCCGUACUAUGCAGGGCAUGUUCUGGGGGCAGCAAUGUUCCAUGUUGUUGUUGGAGACCAGUCUGUUGUGUACACGGGAGACUACAGCACAACGCCUGACAAGCACCUGGGGCCUGCAUCGAUCAAAUGCGUCAGGCCCGACCUCCUGAUCACGGAAUCAACAUAUGGCUCAAUAACCAGGGACUGCAGGAGAGUCAAGGAAAGGGAAUUCCUCAAGGCGAUUUCCGACUGCAUAGCAAGGGGCGGACGGGUUCUGAUUCCGAUAUUUGCACUGGGGAGGGCUCAGGAGUUGUGCCUGCUGUUGGAUGGAUACUGGGAAAGAACAGGGCUGAAAGUACCUGUAUACUUCUCCAGUGGACUAACGGAAAAGGCAAACGAGAUCUACAAGAAGUUUAUCAGCUAUACAAAUGAAACUGUCAAAAAGAAGAUAUUUGAAAGGAAUGUGUUUGAGUAUAAGCACAUAAAGCCUUUUCAGAAGUAUUACAUGGACAACGAAGGGCCCAUGGUGCUGUUUGCAUCACCGGGGAUGCUCCACUCUGGGAUGUCCCUCAGGAUGUUCAAGGAGUGGUGCUCGGAUGAGAAGAACCUUGUAAUAAUACCUGGAUACUGUGUCAGGGGAACGAUAGGAGAAAAGGUUCUGAACGGUGCAAAGAGACUGGAGAUUCUUGGAGAGGAGAAGGACAUAAGAAUAGAGAUAAAGAACCUGUCAUUCAGUGCGCAUGCAGAUGCUCAGGGGAUAUUGAAUGUGAUAGAGCAGUGCAGUCCAAGGAAUGUGAUGCUUGUCCACGGAGAAAGAUCUCGGAUGAAGCAACUCAAAAGAAGCAUCGAAGAAAGGUUCGGCAUUCCGACAUUCCUUCCGCCGAACGGAACACUUAUAAAUAUCCCAUUGAAAAGCACUGUCAGCCUGAGGAUAAGAAAGGAAAGCAUUUCUAGGUACUUCCGGCCGAACUUGUCAAAAAGCACCGUCUCUCUAAGAAUGAAGCUAUCCUCUGAAAAGAAGAGGAACUUCAUUAAUGUCGUAGACUGCGAGGACUAUAUUGAAGACAGCACCUAG